AUGUUAGGGCGGAUCGUACAGCGCACGGCGCCUGAGCGGGGGAGGGAGAGGCACCGAUCGAGAGGCUGCGGCAGCCGGCGAUGCGGGGACCCGAGCUUCGGCCGCGGUCCACUGGGGCAGAGGGCGGAGGGUACCGAGGGCCGGUGGGAGCUUAUCUCGAGCGGUGCCCGACCCUCCUCCAGGCGAGAGGAACCCCGGCGAUGCCACCAGAACCGUGAAGUCGCCGGCGGCGUCUGCCGAUCCACCGUUCCCUCGCUCGCAAGAAGCGUUUCACGCCCCGCGGCCGCAUCUCCCGGGCCUGGAGGGCCCGCCGUUCCGGCCUCUGCGGCCAAAGGCACCAGCUACGCCUGGCGUCCCACCCACAAGCACGCCACACACCGCCAGCACCACAGCCCAGCCGCCACCCGCCUCAGGCUCCCGGCCCCGCCCGGGGUCCGCACCCCGCAACUCCAAGCGCUUCAGCGCGCGCCAAGGCGCUGGAGGCGGCUUUAUAGCCGGGGAGGACGACGGCGGCGGCACAUCCGCAUUCAGGGAGGCGUCUGGACCGAGCCCAAGCCUGCAGGCUGGGGGCGAGCUGAGACUUUUGAUCUUACCGUCAGGGUGAGAUCACGGUCUCCUGGUCUACAAGAAAAGAAAGCAUGCUGUGAACUUUUAAAACAAACUUGCAAAAACAAUCACAAAGAAAACAUUAAAAGGAGACAGGUCGGGAGGAAAGGGGGGAAAAGACUAAAAGAGAAAGAAACAUUAAAAGAAAGAAAAAGGAAGGAAGAAGGCCAGGACUGCAGCUCCGGGAGCGCACAGGCAGCCGGUCCCGGGGCGCGGGGCUCCGGCCCUCGCCGGGACUGUGGGCCUCCGGGCCCGCGCGUGCGUCUGGGCCCUGGCGGACG